GUGUUCGUUUCCUUAAGCUGAAAUUGAAGUAUAUUACUGUGGAUUUGGUCUUCAUAGUUAAGCUACUGCAGGCAAAUGUACUUACUAUUCGUCAUUUCUUAUUGCCAGAUAGCAUGAGGACUAGUUGAGACUUGAACGCAUCUGUUGUUGUGACCAGAUAGACUGCCAAUGAAGUGCGUAGGGGUAGUUCAACUGUGUUCUGUUGGUUAGUUUGAGCUGCUCGCAAAACAAUCUUCAUUAUCGGUUUCAUUGGACAUUUGUUCGUUCAUAAAUUCCAUUUUAAUCGAUGACAAUAGGCUAUGCUUUCACAAAUGAGGAAUAGAGGACGGUUUUUCAUAAAAGGCACCUGAGCUCAUGGUUUUCCCCCAUCGACUGUCCCAGUCAUGAAGCAGUGGGGUGGGCUGUAGACCCACUCUGAGCCCGGAGAAAAGCACAUUUUCUGAGGUAUGGUAAAUGCCCGGCGCGUGGAUGAGGAAGAGCAGCAGCAGUGAGGUGGAUCACCACGGUAACCACGGUACCGUCUAGCCCCCGCCAACCCCACCAUGCCCUCGUCCACGCGGAAGGGAGCGCAGAAGGACCCCAAGCUGGCCGACCUCUUCUUCAAAGAUGACCCAGAGGAAGUCUUCUGUGACCUGCACGAGAUCGGCCAUGGCAGCUUCGGUGCUGUCUACUUUGCCAGAAACUCCUAUUCCAACGAGGUGGUGGCCAUCAAGAAGAUGUCCUACAAUGGCAAGCAGACCACCGAGAAAUGGCAGGACAUCAUUAAGGAGGUCAAGUUUUUGGAACAGCUGCGUCACCCAAAUACCAUUGAGUAUAAAGGCUGCUACUUGAAAGACAACACUGCCUGGCUGGUGAUGGAGUACUGCCUAGGCUCUGCAUCAGAUUUAUUAGAAGUUCAUAAGAAACCGCUCCAAGAGGUUGAAAUUGCUGCCAUAACCCAUGGUGCCUUACUGGGACUGGCUUACCUACAUUCCCAUAAUAUGAUUCACAGAGAUGUGAAAGCUGGAAACAUCCUGCUAACUGAGCCAGGCCAGGUCAAACUGGCAGACUUUGGCUCUGCCUCUAUAGCUUCUCCUGCCAACUCCUUUGUAGGAACACCUUACUGGAUGGCCCCGGAAGUGAUCCUAGCCAUGGAUGAGGGUCAGUAUGAAGGGAAGGUGGACAUCUGGUCCUUAGGAAUCACCUGUAUUGAACUGGCGGAGCGCAAGCCUCCCCUGUUCAACAUGAACGCUAUGAGUGCCUUAUAUCACAUCGCCCAGAACGACUCUCCCACGCUGCAGUCCAAUGAGUGGUCGGACCCUUUCCGGAGCUUUGUGGAUUACUGCCUACUCAAAAUUCCUCAGGACAGACCCUCGUCAGGGGAACUGCUGCGACAUGACUUUGUGCGUCGGGAGCGCCCCCCGCGGGUCCUUAUGGAGCUCAUCCAGAGGACCAAGGACGCGGUGCGGGACCUGGACAACCUGCAGUACCGCAAGAUGAAGAAGAUCCUCUAUCAGGAGAAGCAUAAUGGACCAAUGGGGGAGAGUCAUGAAGAGGAGGAGGAGGAGUCGGAGCGGGCCAGCUGUAAGAUGAACAGCCUGGGCAGUAACCACUCCAUCCCCAGCACAUCCAUCAGCACGGGGAGUCAGAGCAGCAGUGUCAACAGCAUGCAGGAGGUCCUGGACGAGAGCUGCUCUGACCUGACCAUGAUGCACCGCGACUGCGACAGUGAGCCUGAGUCCUCGGCGCACAGCAAGAAGGAACACGGCUACAACUGGGACGACGGUGGGAAACGAGACCACAGGACCGAGUUGGGACCGGCGCCUUCAGACAAGGGCCCGACACACCACUACCGCCACAACAACUUCUCUACCAUCAAGUCAGCAUCCCUGGUGACCAAGCAGAUCCACGAGCAUGAGCAGGAGAAUGAGCUACGGGAGCAGAUGUCGGGUUACAAACGGAUGAGGCGGCAGCACCAGAAGCAGCUGAUCGCCCUGGAGAACAAGCUGAAGGCUGAGAUGGAUGAACACCGGCUGAAGCUGCAGAAGGAGGUGGAGACCCAGGCCAACAACGCCUACAUCGAGCUGGAGAAACUGGCCAAGAGACACGCCGUCCACUGUGACAAAGAGAUGAAGACGACGUCUGCAGACGAGAAGAAGUUCCAGCAACAGAUACUGGCCCAGCAGAAGAAGGAGCUUACCACCUUCCUAGAUAACCAGAAGAAGCAGUACAAGCUCUGUAAAGAGAAGAUUAAAGAGGAGAUGAACGAGGACCAACACACCCCUAAGAAGGAGAAGCAGGAGCGCCUGUCGAAGCACAAGGAGAACCUGCAGCACAGCCAGGCAGAGGAGGAGGCCCUUCUCCUGAGCCAGCAGAGGGUCUUCUAUGACAGGAACUGCAGAGGCUUCAAACGCAAGGUCAUGGUCAAGAGGCAUGAGUUCGAGCAGGAGCAGAUACGAGAGGAGCUGAACAAGAAGAAGACCCAGAAGGAAAUGGAGCACGCCAUGCUGAUCCGACACGACGAGUCUACCCAGGAGCUGGAGCACCGCCAGCUGAAGACUCUCCAGAAGCUGCGCAUGGAUCUGAUCCGCCUACAGCAUCAGACGGAACUGGAAAACCAGAUCGAGUACAACAACCGGCGUGAGAGGGAGCUCCACCGCAAGCACGUCCUGGAACUACGGCAGCAGCCCAAGAACCUGAAGGCCAUGGAGCUGCAGAUCAAGAAACAGUUCCAGGACACCUGUAAAGUCCAGACCAAACAGUACAAGGCUCUGAGACACCAUCAGAUGGAGGUGACACCCAAGAGCGAGCACAAGACGGUACUUAAGGCCCUAAAGGAGGAGCAGACGCGGAAACUGGCCAUCCUGGCCGAGCAGUACGAGCAGAGCAUCAACGAGAUGAUGGCAUCGCAGGCGCUGCGUCUGGACGAGGCCCAGGAAGCCGAGUGCCAGGCUCUGAGGCAGCAGCUGCAGCAGGAGAUGGAGCUCCUCAACGCCUACCAGAGUAAGAUCAAGAUGCAGACGGAGGCACAGCACGACAGGGAGCAGCAGAAGUUGGAGCAGAAGGUGUUGCUGCGCCGCGCCCACCUAGAACAAAAGAUUGAAGAGGAGCUGGCUUCCCUUCAAAAGGAGCGUACGGAGAGGAUCAAACAUCUGCUGGAGCGCCAGGAGAGGGAGAUCGACACAUUCGACAUGGAGAGCCUUCGUCUGGGUUUCAGUAACCUGGGGGCACUGGACUACCCCAAGGACGACUACAGAUGACUAGGCCAGCCCCAGUGACCUCAGUCUUCAUCAGCAUCGUCUGGACUGGCCCUCCUCUUCCUUGUUGGACCUCUGACCUGUUGCGAUCUGGUCUGGUUUUGGUUCGGCCGGGUAGAUUGUCUUUAGCUACUGAUGCCCAUACACACAUAAACACACACCAGACAGAAACACACACACCAGAAAGAAAAACGCACACACGCACAAACACACACCAGACAAAAAUACGCACACACCUGAAACGCAGACACACAGGCGCGUCGGUGCUGGUCCAAGCCAACGGGCCCGCCUUUUCCUGGGGUGUCUGUCACUAGAUGACAGAAUGCUAGAUGACUGCCCUUGGUUGUCUGUUUUAAAGAAUAAUACAAUGUCCCAGUGUUCCUGUUUCUUGUGCAAUGGAAAAACUUGAGUGUGACUGAAAGUCAAAUCAGAGAAAGAGAGCGAUAGGUUAAGGGACGAACCAAGGGAGCAACACUGUGUUGCUCAGCAACACCGCAGUAGAGGUUGUUCAUUCGUUCAAGCUGUGCGAAAACAUCAAACCGCAAAAAAAAAAAAAAA